AGAGUCUAAGUGGUGAGGAGUGGAACCGUUGUCCGGUUGUGCACCCGACACCAUGAUUGAGACACGUACUGGCAAGAGCACUGCCCCACAGUUGGAAGCCGAACAGGCAGGGAGCGCCGCCAUCCUGAGAGAGAGAAAGGAGAAGAAGGAGCUUCUCAAACAAACGAAGUUGAAGGCGAUAGCUGAGGAGCAGGCGGCGAAGAAGAAGAAAUUGGAGGAGGAGAUAAUAAGACUACAGCAGGAGGAGGAAGAGAAAAAGAGGGUUGCCGAAGAAGAAGCAGCAACAGAGGAGGAAGAAGUAGAAGAAGAACCCCUCGAACGAAGGCGUGGGGAAGAAAGAGGAGAAAGCAGCGGUACGAAAGAAGAAGAUAAGUGGAUGGAGAAGAAGAUCAGUGAGUGGGUAGCUAAUUUAUCACUGGGGCAAGAUGAGGAGGCAAUGUUGUACGUGCCUCAGGAGGAGAAAGAAGCUAUAGCCAGGCAGUUGGAGGCUAUGGAAGAUCCCCUGGAUCGCCAGACGCUGGAGGAUGAAAAAAGGUUGGAGUGGAAAUUGCGUCUGGCCAGGGAGAAGAAGAGGAGGAGGGAGGAGGCCAACCAGGUGGCCAAGGAAGUGGAAAAGAUUCAGGCGUGUAGGCAGGAGGUGCAAGCGCAACAGGAAACCCCGGCCAAAUUAGACAAGAUUCUAGGUUAUCUCAAGAUUUUGAGUCAGGCCUGGCUUGAACAACAUCAGGCCAAUAAGGGUCAAGAAGUGGCCCUCCAUGCCAUCCGGACUGGGUUUAGAGAGUUUGUGCGCGACGUGGUGACCCACGUCGGGACCGAAGUCAAGAGGUUAAAGGAAGGCGCAGAGAAGUUUUGUGUAGGCGCCAUUGAAGGCGCCAAGGUAGUGGCCACGACCGAGGCCGAAACGCGUCCCCACAAAGAGUCUGUCAAGCUCAAGUUCCCAGAUGCGUAUGGCGGGAAAGCUGAAGAAAAUUUCGAUAACUGGGAGGCUAGUGUUAAUAGCUACGUGUACUUACAACACAUUGCACCUGAGGAGCAGGUUCUGGUAGCCUUCCAUGCUCUGAAAGAUGAUGCGGCCAGUUUUGCCAAGUCCCUAGCGCGCGCAGCCAGUUGUGAGAACAACAUGGUUGCUUAUUCUAAAGUCACCUCCCUUCCCCACUUUUUCAAGCUCCUCCACGAGCGAUUCGCUGAUCUGAGGCGUGGUGUUAAGGCCUCAAACAAACUCCAAACCAUCCACUCACGACAGUGGAGGAGUGCGCGAGCACUCAUAGUUGUUAUGGACAACUUGGUAGUCGUCCUGGACCACGGGGUCACUGAGGCCCAGUUGGUCCAAUUGUUUUAUCGUGCCAUGCCAGAGCCCUUACGAGGGCAUUUCUUUGACAAGAGUCAACAGCCCACCAUGAUAAAGGAGCGGUUGGAGGAACAGGUCUUCGUAGCUUAUGUAAGGCCUGUCAUUGAGCCUAAAGAAGACACACCCGUCGAUCCAGCUAUUGCCAAGCUGCUGAAAGAGUUCAAAGAUCUGGCAGAGUCGUCGUCGGGAGUAGUGCCGCGGCCGAUCCAGCAUCGUAUAGAGAUCGAGCCUGGCAGUGGGACUCCUAAGGGAGCAGUCUACAGGAUGUCCCCAAGGGAGUUAGAGGAGUUGCGUAAGCAGCUAGACGAGCUCCUCGAAAAGGGUUGGAUUAGGCUCAGUUCAUGUCCUUUUGGAGCACCAGUCUUAUUUGUCCCCAAAAAGGAAGGAGAGUUGCGGAUGUGCAUAGAUUAUAGGGGUCUACACGCGAUCACAGUAAAGAAUGUUGAGCCACUGCCUAGGAUAGAAGAUUUCCUAGAUCGAGUGCAGGGCUGCAUAUAUUUUUCGAAGAUCGAUUUGAAGUCCGGGUAUCAUCAGGUAGAGGUCCAUCCUGAUGACCAGUACAAGACUACGUUCCAGACUAGAUAUGGACACUAUGAUUUCAUAGUGAUGCCCUUUGGACCAACCAACACGCCUGCCACGUUCCAACGUUGUAUGAACGAUUUGUUUAGGCCUUGGUUAGACAGAUUUGUUGUGGUUUAUCUAGAUGAUAUAUUAGUGUUCAGUAGGACCCUCCAAGAGCAUCAGGGUCAUUUGAGGCAGGACUUGGAGAAGCUGAGAGAGGCUAACUUCAAGAUCAAUGCAAAGAAGUGCGAGUGGGCCGAGACACAAGUCUUGUACUUGGGCCACGUUUUAGACGAAGAUGGCAUUAAGCCUGAGGACAGCAAGAUAGCGGCAAUUAGAGAUUGGCCGACGCCCCGCACGUUGACUGAGUUGCGGUCGUUCCUAGGCCUAGCUAACUACUAUAGGAAGUUCGUGAGGAACUUCUCGACCAUCGCCGCUCCCCUUCGCAGGUUGCUCAAGAAAGAGGCAGUCUGGCAGUGGGAUAAAGACUGUACGUCUGCGCUAAAGAAAUUAAAGUGCGCGUUAAUAGAGUAUCUUGUCCUCAAAGUAGCAGAUCUGUCUUUGCCAUUUGUCGUCACCACCGACGCGAGUCAGUAUAGUAUAGGCGUCGUGUUACAGCAAGACGACGACAAUGGCUACAGACCCGUAGAGUUCAUGUCAAAGGUAGCUACCUCGACGUACGAGAGAGAACUCUACGCUCUCAGGCAGUCCUUAGAGCACUGGAAGCAUUACCUGCUUGGGAGGCACUUCAAAGUGUAUUCAGACCACGAGACUCUUAGGUGGCUGAAGAGACAGGCCAAAAUGAAACCUAAGUUGACCAGGUGGGCCGCUGAGAUAGACCAAUACGACUUUUAGCUUAAGCCUGUCAAAGGCAAAUACAAUGUAGUUGCGGAUGCUCUAAGUAGGAGAUCAUACUACUUUGGAGCUAUAGUCCACUAUUUGGAUAUAGGGACAUACCUGCAAGAGAAAGUAAGACAGGCGUAUGCGCAGGACCCUAUCUAUAGUGACCUCCUCAAGAGAGUUAAGGAGGCCCCAGAGACCGAACCGUUUUCCGCACUACUGAGGGGUUGUUAUUUGAGAAGACUAAUGUAGUAGACCGUCUGUGCGUUCCUAACAGCGAGGAGAUCCGUAGUUUGAUCUUAGGGGAAUGCCACGACACAGAGGGACAUUUCGGUUGGCAAAAGACUCUAGCCAAUCUGAUGCAUGCGUACACUUGGCCAGGAAUGAAAGCUGACUGCAUAG